GUCCUAUGUUGCCAGGCCAGAAGCUUGGCCACUGCUAAGGGCAGUUUCCUGCUGUUUUGCUGACUCUGCCCCUUCAGACUGUAGUGUUUGGACAGCAACCUCUGCCUGGUCGGAUCCCUGAAGAUAAGCCCCUCCCCCUCGAUUUCCAGAAGUAUCCAGGAGAGAGGAGCCACUGCCAACAUGUUCAGCACCAAAAGGCUGAAGAAGAAGUCCCAGUCGGUGGAUAUUGCCUCUCAAGGCUUCCCAGCCAGCCUGAUCCCGGGGCUGUCCAUAAACAGGUCCUCACCACCUGUUGCCAGGACAACCACAUUCGAGGUGCAAGAAAACAACACGACUAAUUCCCAGCGGCGCAGUCCACGAUGCGGCGAAUUGAAGAGAGGCUACACCAUAGAUACGGGCCAGAAGAAGACCCCCGACAAGAAGGACGCCGGCCGCCGCAUGUCCUUCCAGCGACCCAAGGGGACCAUCGAAUAUUCUGUGGAAUCGCGGGACACUCUGAACAGCAUAGCGCUGAAGUUUGACACCACCCCCAACGAGCUGGUUCAGCUCAACAAGCUCUUCUCCAGAGCCGUGGUCCCCGGCCAGGUUCUGUAUGUUCCUGACCCCGAGUAUGUGUCCAGUGUGGGCAGCUCCCCCUCCCUCAGCCCCAUCAGCCCCCUGUCCCCCACCUCCUCAGAGGCCGACCUAGAGAAGGUGACGGACUCUGAUGGAGCUCCCCGAUCCGAGGCUCCGUCCUCGGCCCCUCCGGCCUUCUCGGCUCUGCGGCCCUCCCGCGUGGUCUCCUCCACCUCUGAGGAGGAGGAGGCGCUGACGGAGAAGUUCCUCAAAAUCAACUGCAAGUACAUCACAGAUGGCAAAGGGGCAGUAAGCGGGGUGUUGCUGGUGACCCCCAACAACAUCAUGUUCGACCCUCACCGGACAGACCCCCUGGUUCAGGAGCGUGGCUGUGAGGAGUAUGGUAUCAUGUGCCCCCUGGAAGAAGUGCAGUCUGCAGCCGUCUACCGGGAGAUCACCGACAGCAAGAUCCGCGAGUCUGUGCCCCCGGAUUUGGAUGCAUUGUUCUCAGGACCCUCUCAGCAGGGAGAUCUCCGUCUGCGGGAGGGCUAUGAUAGCGCCAGCACGGCCCCUCGCAGCACAGAAGGCUCCCUCUCUGAGGACGUCUUUACCGAGUCGGAGCUGUCGCCCAUCCGCGAGGAGCAGCAGUCUACUGAGGAGCUCCGUCAGGAGGACAAGUCCUCAGGCGCCUCCUCUGAGUCCGUCCAGACAGUCAGCCAUGCCCCAGCGGUGGCCGAGAGUGCCCAAGGCCCUGUUGGGGAGCCGGAGAGAAAGGAGGUGCCUAAGGCUAAGGAGGGCGAGAAAGCAGAAGGAGAACAGGGAGGAGAGCCAGCCAGUAGCUCUGGCGAGCCAGCCAGCGACACUGCCCAGCCCCGCACCUCUCUGGGCUCCAAACAGCCCAGCCAGGAGCAGCCAAGCACACCUACCAGCAGGGACCAGCAGCAGCAGCCACCCCACUGCCAGGCACAGGGUGAAGGAUCCCGCACAGCCUCCCAGAGCUCCACCACCGGGGCCGCAGAGGAGACCGGCGGCCAGGAGAGUGCCCCAGACGGGGCCAGACUCACCCGAGAGGGUACCCAGGACUCGGAGACAGAUGUGGAGGAGCUGAGGAAGAUGUGGAAGAGUCACACUAUGCAACAAGCCAAGGAACAAAGGGAAAAUGUGCAGCAGGCGCAGAAGGAGAGCAUGCCAGCUAAGGGCGGUCAGAGGCUGGGCUCUGCCGAGGGUCCGGCUGCGUCCAGGGAGAGGCGGAUGUCCAGGUCUCAUAAGUUCCUGUGCCUGCGGGUGGGCAAGGCCAUGAAGAAGACAUUUGUGUCCAAUGCCAGCGCCUCCAUGCAGCAAUAUGCCCAGCGCGACCGCAAGCAUGAGUACUGGUUCUCAGUGCCCCAGGAAAGGUCAGACCACCUCUACUUGUUCUUCAUCCAGUGGAGUCCAGAGACAUUCGGAGACGGAAUGGGGAGUACGAGCCGGGAGCCCGGCUUCAUAGUGGUCAAGAAAAUCGACGAAUCUGAAGGCGGCGACGAGCAGACAGCAGCGGACUCCUCGGCCAAGGAGUGGGAGGUAGUCUCAAUGACCGAGUACCACCGCCGGAUCGAUGCGCUAAACAGUGAGGAUCUUCGUGCCCUGUGCAAACGGCUCCAGAUCACCACUAAAGAGGAGGUGAACUCCAAACAUGGCACGUCCAUCACAGCCAGCCUGGAACCAGAAACCUUCAAGCCCAACAUGACCGAACCCAGCGACCUGCUGGAGGCCGAACAGAUCGAGAAGCUGGCGAAGCAUCUCCCACCCAGAACUAUCGGCUAUCCCUGGACUCUUGCCUUCAGUACAUCCAAGCAUGGCAUGAGUAUCAAAACCCUGUACAGGAUCAUGCAGGGGCAGGACUCUCCUGUGCUAAUGGUCAUUAAGGACAGCGAUGGACAGGUGUUUGGGGCUUUAGCGUCCGAGCCCUUUAAAGUCAGUGAUGGAUUUUACGGUACAGGAGAAACCUUCCUCUUCAGCUUCUAUCCAGAGUUUGAGGUGUACAAAUGGACAGGUGAUAACAUGUUCUUCAUCAAAGGAGACAUGGACUCUCUAGCAUUUGGUGGAGGAAGCGGUGAGUUUGGUUUGUGGCUGGAUGGAGAUCUCUACCACGGCAGGAGUCACUCGUGCAAAACCUUUGGAAACCCAAUGCUGUCCAUGAAGGAGGAUUUCUUUGUGCAGGACAUCGAAAUCUGGUCAUUCGAGUAGGCUGCUUCUCGAGAAAGAGGAACAAUAGAGACAGACAGACAGCUCCAGUCGGGAAAAGAACGUCAACCAGACAUCCCUGUGCCCGGCCGUGUCCCAAACCUUAACGUGCAUCACUCUGGCUCCCAGGAAGCCCACUGAAGAAGCAUAAUCUCACUAUGCUUGUCGUAUGUUACUCCUGCAUUUAAUACAAAGCUUUUUUUUUCUUCUAUUCGUGGUGUUACCGUGUGUGCUUCGUUCCAAGCUGUGACGAGGAAGUAGUUGAAGGUGUGCUCUAGUGAGUAGAGGAAGUCUUCGGCAAGCGUUCCGAUUCGGAUUAUGACGGACCAUCGAAGCACUCUUUUAACAUCUUAAAUGGAGAUUACGGUGGCGUAGGUUUGGGAUGGCUACAAAAAACUGCCACAGUCCAGGUAACCCGAGCCAGAGGGCGCGCCAGACCACCUUUCGGUUAGUCAGAAGUGUGUUACUAACGCGACACCAGUUUCACUGGAGAUGGACGAGAAGAAAUAGAAGCGACCGCAAACACAUUCCCGUGACCUCGGAGACAAUAACGGACGUUUGGGAGCCGACGGCAUCAAUCGCCAGGAUUAGCGGCGACGUCCAUACGGAAGAGCAGAAAAGGUGUACAUCUGCAGUUUCUACUAAAGCGAAAUUAUUUAAGUGUCGUGAAUUCGUAGUCUUUCUGUCGUUCACCGUCAUAGAUCACCACCGUCGACGCACAUAGCCCUUAAUCCGAGAGAAGAAUAAACCCCAUUGCUGUAACGUUCUGUUAAGUGGGUGUAUGUGUGAGUUCGGCUUCCUCCGCGCGCGGAGGGUUGUGUGUACUGUUCGUAGACAGUAAUGUGUCGCAAUAGAUUUUGUGGAAUAUGCAAAUUACUGUCCUUGUAACCUCAAUAAUCCAGACGGGGUCUUUUGUCUUCUUCUUCCCGUCGCUCUUUCGAAACAGAACUUUUAAAGCUUCUACGUCUCGACAGAGCAAUUGCUUUUCUGGGUAUCAUUUGAAAAGCCGGAGAUGUGGUUUAAUUGUUUUUCAUAAAUAUAAUGACAAUUAUAUAUAUAUAUAUAUAAAUAUAUAUAUUUAUGUAUAUAAUUAUAUAUCAAAUUAUAUAUAUAUAAUUAUAUAUAUUGCUGUUAAGUGUGACAGUGAUCUUUUUUGUGCUGAUAUCUCAGCUGUUAUACCAAUAUAAUGUACAGUAUAUUACCCUGUAAAUUAAUGUUAAAAUAGUAGAUUUGUUCCUACACACACAUAUAUAUAUAUAUAUAUAUAUAUAUAUAUAUAUAUAUAUAUAUAUAUAUAUAUAUAUAUAUAUAUAUAGAGGUGGGUUUUUGCUUCUAGCACUUUAAUCUAGUUUAAAGCCAGAUUAUUUCGGCUUUAUUAGCAGUAGCUGUACAGGGUUUCUUUUUUUUUUUUCUUUUUGAUUUAAAUUUUUUGGUCUGUUUAGGUAAUGGCAGAUGUUAGCUGUUCCUGAAGAGCUAGCUGCUACGCUGUUGGGAAGAAUAAGCCAGGUGUAGCUAAAGCAGAGCGCUGAACUGAAUGUCAGUGAGUCCGGCGGGGUUUAGGUCCCCCCCCCCUCCCGUCCUGUCCCAGUGCUGUGUCUUUUGUUGGUGUGUAGACUCACUGUUAACAGACUGAGAGGAGGAGAAAAAGACACGCAUUUGUCCUUUUCCACUCUUGUGGCGAGUUGUGUCCUUUGUGGAGUCACGGACAAAAUCCAGCGCAAACAAAUGCUCCAGCCGAUUCACUGGAAUACAAUGUAACAGUGAUGUAAAAAAAAAUAAUAAAUAAUAUGAAUAAAUUAUUGUAAUCUGGGACAAAAAAA